GACGUGAUGCGCAGUAGAGGUGCGCACUAAACAGUGUAUGGCUGCCACCAUCACUGACAGCCGACUGUCGGCCGUUGAUGCACUUUUAUCGGCCGAUUCCAUAACAACUUUUCUCUACUGUUUUCUUUUUUUGUUGAAUACAACCACCCACACAUACACACACAAAUUCGCUGCACAUCCGUCACACACUCUGCUUCUAUUCAGCCAUUGAACUGACGACACUGGACCGGACCAUCUCAACCUACCUUCCUACCGAAACAUCUCACCUCUAUCUAACAAAGUGUAAAUAUAUGCACACAUACAACACAUGUAUGUAUAUAUAUAUGUAUAUAUAAACACCGAAGCACACAUGUAAGUGUAUAUAUAAAUAUAUAUACACAUAUAUAAAUAAUUAGCGAAGCACACAUCUGCUGCUUCGUCCAGAAAAUAAGAAAUGACAAAAACUAUUUUGAAGGAUGCCGUUACGUUAGAUUAUUUGAUCAUCGUCAUCUCACUGUCAGCAUCGUCGUCGUCGUUGUCGAACCACCAGGAUUGGGAGUGGAGUAAAACGUAUACGUUGUAUUUGCAUUCUUUAUUGAACUCGACCACUAACGAGCCACCCAGGAGUACACACUCAUUCUUAACCGAGUGCAAGCACUGCUGACUGUAUUUUGCACGUCUGACAAAACGGAUUUUUUUAAUACUCAACCAAUUCUUGUAUUUAUUUUUGUUUUUAAAAAGAGAAAAGAGCAAAAACAAAGCAAAGACUAACAAAGAAAAAAAAACAAGAAAACAUUGUUCGUAUAAAUAAUCAAUCAUUGAUUUCUCCCCCCCCCCCGCUUCUUAUUUAACCAUUCAUCGAUCUCUUUCUUAACGUCCAUUCGUUUCUUUAAACUAAACGUUUUAUCAGAGACUCGUUCGUUCAUUCCUCUCUCUCUCUCACUCUUAGAUUUUUCUCAUUUUUUUUUCUUUCUCAUUCACCUUCGAUUCUUGUUUGGUGUGGUUUAGGAAAAAAAAUAGUUUCCUCUCCAUCCAUCCAUCCAUCCGGCCUUCACUUUAUGGUUGUAUUCCUUAAAUUUUUCCCUUCAAGAGAUUUCGUUCUACGACCAACCGUCUAUGUACGUAUUCUGCAAUGAAAUGAUUUCUCUGUUCCUCAUACAACCAAAUGCAUAAAUUAUAAGGAGGUGUAAAAGACAAGAACACACAACAUAGCGUGCCAAGCCAUACUAUAGCCUAUACAAACAAAAACUACCCCUCCUUAUCUCAAUUCUAAAUUGCUUUGUUUCGUUGUUACGUUCCUGAUAUCCAUUAUUUUGACUUUUAUGAAAGCAAACGAAAACACAACAACAACAAAAUGUAAUAUCAUUGUCUUUCUUAAAUAGGAGGAAGUGAAAAAGAUAAAAUAGGAAAAGUAGUUAUUUUGGACCUCGCCCUCACUCUCUCUCUCUCUCUCUCUCUCCCCUCCAGCAUCAUCACCACUUCAAUCAUCAUCGCCAUAAGAUAGAAGAGAGAGGAAACAACAGGCUCAGUAAGUAAGUAGUAACUAACAACACCAUGCCAGUAGUAGUAGCAUCAACAGUGGAAGUAUUUCAUUGAGGAAAACGCGACUAUAUUUAUCCACAGCUACUAACCUCCUCUCCACACAUUAUCCCAUUCAUCCCUAGAUUCUCUGAGUUCCUUAUGUUGUUGCCAUUUCGUUGGCAAGGAGGAUUUCACAGACAUUCUUUCUCUCUCUCUCUCUUUCUCUCAGUCUGUCUUUAUGUGUGUGUAUCUAAAUAGAAGAUGCGUUAGUGUUCGUAGUUUAUCAGUAAGCGAGUGAGUGAGUGAGCGUACGUAUGUGUUAUAUACACAUACAUACAUACAUAGAUAUAUAUUUAUAUAAUAUGUAAUGUCUGAAAAUCUUUUGGUUACCGAUAUGUGACCUCUUCAUGUUUGCGUGAGUGUGGCGUGGUGUGGCUGUGGUGCAGCAGGAUUCGAGUACGAAACAAACCCCCCACCUAUGAUUGGGGGUUGAACGAACCGGUCAGAUAGUGGUGGAUCUUCGACGGUAAACAUUGGUUUACCCUUUGUCAAAACACUUAGUUGAAAUGUCAUUUAUAGUUUUCCUGGUCGCCCAUCCACCCUCAUCGAAAAAACGAAAACACACACAGAAGCCCAACUCGUUUAUUAAUUAUUAGAAACAAUACCAAGGAUACAAGACGAAACCUUAGUUAUUUAUUAAAUGAAUACACUCUGGGUUUCUGCUUUCUCUCUCUUCUUUCCCCUUUUUUUUACUUUCUCCUUUCUUUUAACUCUACCUUUGUUUAUAAGUAUCAAAUCUCAUUGUUCCGGUGUCCUAUUUGAACCGUUGCCAGCCUGUCCUUACCACUUUCUCAUCGACAUUUUAAGCCUUCUUCUAUGGGAGUUAUCGGAUUUUGUUUUUACCGUUAUUAAUUACUUGCUAGGCCCUUCCAUAUCUUCGAUCUCGAAAUCUAUAUCUUUUCUCUAUCCUUUUCACUUAUCCUCGUCUUCAUCCUCAUCAUCAUCACUAUUUUCAUCAUUCUUAGAUUCACCACAGUUUUUAACCCACCGUACUCUUAUUUCACCACACCCUUUUCAUUACACACUUGUCAUUAAAUAACUGCUGUUCCAAUUGUUCAAACCAUACCUAUAUCUAUCUAUAUAUAUAUAUAUAUAUUACCUUUCAUUUUUAUAUUUUAAAUAUUGUCCCUUCAUUCUGAAUGGCUUCUCGUAAGCAGCGUGGUGACUAUGAUCGAAAGAUUGCUGGUCUGUAUGACCUGGAAGACACGAUUGGCCGGGGCCACUUUGCUGUUGUGAAACUGGCCCGGCAUGUGUUCACAGGCGAGAAGGUCGCCGUCAAAGUUAUUGAUAAGACUAAACUUGAUGAAGUGUCAAAGAACCAUCUGUUCCAGGAAGUGCGGUGCAUGAAAUUGGUGCAGCAUCCGAAUGUUGUCCGCCUCUAUGAGGUGAUUGACACUCAGACCAAAUUGUACCUUAUUUUGGAGCUGGGUGACGGUGGAGACUUGUACGAUUACAUAAUGAAGCAUGAUAAAGGGCUUAAUGACAGCCUGGCCCGCAAGUAUUUUAAGCAAAUUGUAGAUGCCAUCUCAUACUGUCACCAGUUGCACGUAUGUCACAGGGACCUCAAGCCUGAAAACGUGGUCUUCUUUGAGAAACUAGGCAUCGUUAAGCUCACAGAUUUUGGAUUUAGCAAUGUCUUUAAGCCUGGCAAAAAACUAGAGACUUCAUGUGGUUCCCUUGCCUAUUCGGCACCAGAGAUCUUACUCGGAGAUUCUUACGAUGCUCCAGCUGUUGGUGAGUUAACCGUUUCAUCAUUUUGUUCUUUUUAAUGUUUAUGUGUUGUUUGUGUUCACUGCUCAUCAUUUUGGUUGGGUGAAGUUCCCAACUGAAAUGUCUUCACAUUUAUAUAACACUCACACACACAUGUGUGUGUGUGAGUGUUAUAGCAUUGUUAUAUUUUGUUUCCACUCAGCAAACCAAGGAAGAUUUGAUGGGAGAAAGAAUUAACUGACUGAAUUUACUUUGUUGGAAGGUGUCUUGUGCAAACAUAAAGAUGAAGUCUUUGACUAUGCAACGGUGUUGCUGCCACUUCCAAAAAAUAACCAAAACAAUGAUUAACCUAGGUUACCCUACCACCUUGGCAAGAAUCAUCAUUAUCACUAUUAUAAUGUCCUCUUUUGCAUGCUUGCAUGGGUCAGACAGAAAUCAUUGGGGCAGAUUUUCUGUGGCCAGAUGCUUUUCCCAUUACCAACCAUUGCUUGGUGCCAAGCAAGGUAAUAUUUCACCAUGGCCUGACAUUUUCCACAGAAGAUUGGAAAUGAACAACCACUUGAAUGACUGUGGUACUUGUUUCACAAGCAUCAUCUGAUGUCAAGACACAUACUUACACACACACACACAUGAUGGGCUUCUUUCAGUUUCCGUCUACCACAUCCACUUAGAUUUUUAGUUGAAUCCCCAAGGCAUUUGCACCAAGAUGCUCCAUGGUGGAACCGAACCAGAACCCACAUGGCUGGGAAGCAGACUUCUUAACCACACAGCUAUGGCUGCACCCAUUCAGGAAAGGAUGUAAAACCGAUUACAUCACUCCCCCAGUAUUUCACUGGUAUUUAUUUUAUCCCAAAAGGAAAGUCAAAGUUAAGCCUGACAAGUGAGAUUUAGUUGAUACCACCAUCCUUGGUACUUGGUUUUUGUCAACCUCAAGAGGAUAAAAGACAAAGCUGACCUCACCAGCAUUUGAACUCAGAACACAAAAGAAUGGAAGAGAAGCCAGAAGGCAUUUUUGUCCAAUACUCUAAAGAUUCUAGCAACUUCCUGCCUGUUUAAUAAUUUUGAUUUAGUGAAAGACAAGCAAUUUUGAAAGGGAGGAGUUAGUUGAUGAGAUUGACCCGCAGUACUUGACUGGUCCUUUAUUUUAUCAGUCCCAGCUCGCUGCCUUAAUAAUUAUUCUGGUUUGUAAUUUAGACAUAGAGCCAGUAGGAGGGAUUAGUUGCUGGGGUCAAUUAGCAUUGACCCAAGUACUUGACUGGUACUAUGUUUUAUUGAUGAUGGAAGGCAAAGCUGACCUUGGCGGGACUUGAAUAAGGGAUGUAAAAAGCCAGAAGAAAGGCCACAAGGCAUUUUCUCUCUGACAAUCAGAAAAUAUCAAAUGAUCAAUAUUUUCUGACUAGAAUUCUGGUAGAAAGGAAUCUUGCAGAAACCUCCUUGUGCAUCUUUAUUUAAUGUCUGUUUUCAAUGCUGGGGUGAGUUGGACCAUUUGACAGAUGCUAGCCAGCUAUCCAGGCCUCAUUUCAUGUUGUUUUGACAGGGUUUCUAUGGCUCUUUGCCCUUCCUAAUGCCAGUCACUUUACAGAGUGCACUGGGUGCUUUUUACAUGGCACUGAUAUAUAAAGUGGUUGGUGUUAGAAACGGUAUCCAGCCAUAGAAACCAUGUCAAAGCUGACACUGGAACUUGGCACAGCUCUGUGACUUGCUGGACCCUGUCAAACCAUACCAGCAUGGAAGCUGGAAUGCAGGUGACCAUGACAUUUAGUGAUAUACCGUGCUUGUGUAGACAUGUCAGGCUAAGUGAGACCGUAGUCUUGGCCAAAGCCAGUGUCAGGUCAGUGGCACCCAUGCUGGUGGCAUGUAAAAAAUACCCACUACACUCUCAGAGUGGUUGGCAUUAGGAAGGGCAUCCAACCUCAGAAACCUUGCCACAUCAGAUCAGAACCUAGUGGUAUUCAUAAAGUGUAUGUCACACACACACACAGUCUGUGGGUGAGUGUGUGCUUGUAUAUAUGUAUGUGUGACUAUACCAUAUAAUAUACAUACAUAGGGGCAUAGCAUAGCGGUUAGGGUCUUGUACUUAUGAUCGGAAGAUUGUGGUUUCAAUUCCUAGACCUACAGCACAUUGUGUUCUAAAGCAGGACACUUUAUAUCAUGUACUCCAGUCCACUUGGUUGUAAAUGAGUAACCCUGCAAUGGCCAGGCAUUCUUUUCAGCAGGGUGGCAUUAUUCGAAUGCUACAACAAUGCAAGGAAGUGCACUGUGGUCAGUGGUGUAUAACAACAUCCAAUAGUCUGGUUGAUAUAGUGAUAUAUAAAUAAUGUAAUGCAAUGUAUAUGUACAUAGGUGUGUAUAUAUGUUUUUGUGUAUGUUGUGUAUAAGUGUGUUAAGUUAUGUCCCUUUGCUGUCAGGGUAACUUAGCCAUUUCAAUGGACAACAAAUAAAAUAGACAUCAGAAUAAUUAAGAUCCUGGUUGAGUAAAUAAUCCAUCCAAAACGAUGCUUUAUCAUAUUUGCAGCCCAGUUACUGAAAACAUUAAAAAUAUACUACAAACUAUGGGGUUUUUUUUUUUAAUAGAGGUAGUGGCUUAUAUUAGCCUCAGUAUGUGACUGGUAUAAUUUUAUAUCUAUCCUAGUGGCUAAGUUCACCUGGUCACCUAUAAAAUGGUUGAGAAUUCUAUAUUCUAAAAGGCCUAGUAUAUGUAUUUAAUCACGUGUGUUCUUACUCAUCCAAAUUAUUGAUGCUGCCAAUAGGCUCCCCCCCCACACACACACACACCACAUGCCUGUGUUUAUUGAUAACUUUUUGUUUUGGCAACUGAACAGGAUAUGCUUCAAUGAAGCGGUUUAACCAUUUUCAGAGUGACUCACCUGAAACAUCUUGUUUCAAAGUGAUCAAAAUUUAAGCCUUCCAUCAAAGUUUCAUGUUACAAACAAUAGAUUAAUGAUGACUGAAUUAGCUACACAGUGAGCUGGCAGAAUUGUUUGCAUGCUGGAGGAAAUGCUUAGUGCCAUUUCAUCCAUUUUGCAUUCCGAGUUCAAAUUCUGCUGAGGUCGACUUUGCCUUUCAUGCUUCCAGGGUCAAUAAAAUAAGUACCAGUUGAACUCUGGGAUCGAUGUAAUCGACUUACUCCCCCACUCUCUUGAAAUUGCUGGCCUUGUGCCAAAAUUUGAAACCAAUAAUGACAAAGUGAUUUUAACCCAUUAAGUCCCAGAUACUUAAAUUUCUGAAUAUUACUUUAAAAUUUUUACAGAUGAUUGAAAAUAGGUUAAAAUGGGAAAAAAAUAAUUAUUAAAACUCCUUUACUUCAAGUAGAAAUGGAAAUAUUCGAUGUCCUAUAAAUAGGACACCGAGACAAUGUGAUAUAGUUUAUUUGGUGUUCUCAUUUAGUGUCCUAUUUAUAGGACAGUGGGACUUAAUGGGUUAAUAACUUCAUAAAAUAGUUUAUAUGAAAGGAGAAAGUAGUAUUUGUGUUAAGACGGGGUUGACGAUUGAGAAAUUUAGAAGAAAGUGAUUGGGAAAGUGGCCAGUGUAGGGUCUGAAAUGGUCACUCUCCUAAUCAUUUUGAUGCCAACCCACUUGAGACACCCUGUGGCUCUAUGAUUCAAACUGUCUCUCUCUUUUAAAGAGAUCUAAACUAAAGUCUUUCAUGAAAAUUUCAUGUUAGUUUAUAAUUUAAAUACCAGCUUAAUAAUGACAAAGCUAUUUUACUACAUUCAUUAGUUUCAAAAUAAUCAAAACAAAUGAGAAGUUAAUUCCUUUGAUACCAACCUGCCUAAGUCCACCUAUGGUUCUGUGAUAAGUGUCCUGUUUAAAAUGAUCUAAAUUUAAACAUUCUAUCAAAAUCUCACAUUAAUUUACGUUCCAAACACCAGCUUAAUGAUAGCAAAAUUAUUCUACUAAAUUCUUUAUUUUCAAAAAUAUCUGAAACAGAGACAGACUACUUCAACAGAAAUAGGAAAAUGAAAUGGUUGAUAGCAUCAAAAUCCAUCAAUUACUUUCACCAGUUGGCUUUUUACCCUUUACAAUUUAAAUUGACCACAUCUGGGCCAAAUAUUCUAUCUAUUUUAUAUUCUAAUUGACCAGAUCUGGCCUCUCACACUGAUCCUACCUAAAAUAUAAUUUUAAAAAUAUAUAGUCCUGUCAAAAAAAUCUCAAAACUAUAAGAUAUUGCAUGAUUAAUUCAAAGCAAUCUGAACGAAUACAUUUGAUGGAGUGACCUGAAUGCUAAAGGCUUAAACAUUACAUCCACUCCAGUCUUCUCCAGUGGUUAUUAUUAUAUUUUAAUCAACUGAUCUUAUUGGAGUUAUCUCCCUUGUUUUUAGGAUUUUAAGCACCACUGGAGGAAAUUUUAAUCCAACAAUUGCUCAGUCUUCAUUGAUCACAUUUUUCCCCUUAUUUGUUCAUCUGGUAGUACACUUGUUGUUUAAUCCUUGGUCAGCCCUGGUUGAGUAAACCUAUGAUCGAAAGUGCCCAGUCACAAACACUCAUUUUAUUCCAAGACAGAAUAUCUAGGAUUAUAUUAUCUGAUAUAGCUUUCCCUAUUUUUAGUUGAUGGGGUGUGAAUUGAGGGAAAUUCAGCUGCUAUUGCUAGCACCUUGAAACAUCACAUAGGGGAUUCCUCAUUGGUUCAUUGUAGACGCCAAUGUUGUUUAACCCCAGUCCAGCUCUGAUUGAGUUGGUUUAUCAUCAGUGUUCCAUGACCAUCCCAUCUGAUUUUUCAGAAAAUGUAUGUAAGACUACAUUACACAAUGUGUCCUUUUUGUUAAGACAGUACAGUGAUUUAAACGGAAAUCUGGCUGUUAUUUCUAGCAAGUCACCUUUGAACAACAUCGUCAUUGACAUUUGUGUUUUUGUUGCCAUUCGUCGUCAUCGUUAUCAUCGUCAUCACAGUGACCUUGGCAAUGCUGGUGCCAUUUCUGUAUCAGCUGACUUGGUUAUGGGUGCUCAGAUCCGUCACUGGCUACACUGUUGUACAAUGCACAGCUUGUGUCUGCUGCAGCUAGAAGCAGCAGAACAAGCCAAGGGUGUGACGAUCAGAUGGAAAUCAAGUGGAGCGUGUCGAGUGUUUCAAUCUACUACUGUUACUGGUCAUAAUUUGUCUUGGCGGGUUAUUUAGCCCCAGGUCAGCCCUGACCAAGCAGACCAGUAACCAGUGACCAAAAGCAUUCCAAAACUGACCAUUCUGAUGUUUGAUUCCCUUCUACAGUCAUAAUGUAUCUUGGUCUACGUUAUCCAAUGUGUCGUUCCUCCUCUGUUUUAUGACUGUAGGGUUUAAUAUCAAGGGAGAUUUGGCUGCUAUGUCUAAUGGGUCCAUGGAUUGGAUUUGUUUUGUUGUUGUUGUCUAGCUCCAGUUCAGAUCUGAUCCAGCAGACUUGUACUAAAAAACAAAUUCAGUUGUUUUCAUGUUCCCCUCUUUUUUCUUUUAUAUGGAGCCUGGUGUAGUCAUCCGGUUGCACCAGUCCUCAGUCAAAUCGUCCAACCCAUGCUAGCAUGGAAAGCGGACGUUAAACGAUGAUGAUGAUGAUGAUGAUGAUAUGUGUGUUUAUGUAUGUGUAUAUGUUUAUAGAUAUAUCAGCAUAUAUAUAUAUGUUGAUAUGUAUCGUCGUUUUAAUGUCCAUUUUUUUCUUGCUUCCAUAGUUUGAACUGAGUUUGUUGAGGCAAAUUUUCUACUCCUUGAUGCUCUUCCUGUUGCUAACCCUCACAUACCUCAUAUGGGUAUGGCUGUGUGGUUAGGAAGCUUGCUUCCCAGCUACAUGGUUUUGGGUUCAGUCCCACCGCAUAGCACCUUGGGCAAGUGUCUUCUGCUAUAGCCCCGGGCCGACCGAAGC